AUCUUUGUGUACAUAUAACCUCAACCAUUGGAAACAAAACAUGAAUCUUGUUUGAAAUUAACAAAUGUUUUUAUUUACUGUAUAACUUUAUUUUUAUUUGUAUAUUGUGAUCCAGAAUCAAGGAUCAUUAGUGAUUUUAGUGUGUCACACCUGAAGGAAUGACCAGAGAACUUUUUGCUCUUCUUACCGACGAUAAUUAGACCAUCCUUUUGUAAAAGUAAAGCUGCUCUUCGCCAUGAAUACUUUUUGAAAAAAUUGAGAUAACUUGAUUUAGCGCGAAACUUGGCCAUUGGUACAACCUUCAAUGCAUUUUCUUUUCGUAACACAAAGACCGUAUUUUCCGAUCGUGUUUCGAAAUCAUGGAACUUUUAUUUUCAGCUUUUUUUAGACUGAUCUCUUGGUCUCUCAUUUGUCUACUAACUCUUGUUUUGAAUCUAUUCCUUCUGCAUUUCAUUUCAAUUCAUCCAUGUGAUUGGCCGUGUCCUGAUUCUAAAGAUGAUAAAUGGCUUCGAGUCAUGGUUCUUACUGACGUUCAUCUUUUGGGAAAAAGAAAGGGUCAUCCAGUUGAUCAAUUUGUUCGUGAAUGGGAAAUGUCGAUUGCAUUUCAAACCGCGGUAAAACUACGUCAACCUGAGAUGAUCAUCUUUCUAGGGGAUUUACUGGAUGAAGGACUCACAGUUGAUCAAGAAGACUUCAACAAAUAUGUUGAGCGUUUUAACAGAACUUUUCCAAUGACUGAAGAAACUAAAAAAAUUUUCAUUGUUGGUAAUCAUGAUAUUGGAUUUCAUGACCGGGUUGCUGCUUAUCCAAUCUUACGAAAACGCUGGGAAAAAGCUUUCAACUCAAGCUUAGCUGACAUCAUGACUGUCAAAGGUAUCAAAUUUAUUACAAUCAACAGUAUGGCUAUCGAAGGUGAUGGUCUUGAUCUAGUCCGAGAAACUAAAGAAAAUUUGCUUCGUGUUGAAGAUAAACUCAAAAAGAGUGAUUUACUUGGUAGACCAGUCAUGUUACAGCACUUCCCACUUUACCGAAAAAAUGACGAUAUUUGUCAUGAGAUCGAUUCUCAAAAGGGGAUUGACAGACUUCAUAAAUUUAAUCCUGGUGUUGAGUGUCUGUCAUAUAAAGUUUCAGAAAUGCUUCUAAAAAAAUUCAAUCCUCGCUUAGUCCUUAAUGGUCACAUUCAUGCUGGAUGUGUUGUGAAUCACACAAAAUAUGAUGCUGAAGAGUGGACCGUAGCUUCAUUCAAUUGGAGAAACAGACUGGAUCCUAACUACCUGGUUCUUUGUAUUUCGCCAGAUAGUUAUGCUAUUAGAAAAUGUUUUUUACCAAGUGAAAUUAACAUAGUAUUUACAUCUCUCAUCUGCCUUAUCUUUUUCUAUUUCUCUUCAAAGUUCAGAAAAUGUUUCAUGAACUCAAUUGCAUCUCAACAAAAAACCAAAGUUAAACCAAAGUCUGGAGGCAGCAAUGAGAAUUUAAUUGAAACCAAGAAGUUCAAUGAACACCUUUCGAAAAAACUGAAAAAAACUUGAUUUAGCGCGAAACUGUAUAAGACUGUGAUAGUAAAGAUUUUAGUUCAGCUGGUAGUAUCACUGGCGGUUACAAACAAAAAAGGCAAAAUUGGGUCUUAAAAAGGUCAAUCUAUGAAAACGGAUGCCUUUU